AUGGACAAGCCGUUGUUGACGUCUGUUUAGGGAAGUCUAUCGGCGACCUUUUCACUGACCUUGGCUUAAUCCCGAGACCCUUAUUCCUCUGACUCAUGUGGGUGUCGCCCUUGGCAUCGAGGCACAUCUCAAGGACUCUUUCAAGCUUACCAUCCCGUCAUAAUUAUAAAAACUGUACACGGCUCAGCUCUCACUGUGUCAAUCCCAUCAGACGAGGACUUUGCGCUUCUCCCUUUUCCACAAUGAGUGAUCCAGACCAGCCUUUACGUUACGUUGAUAUUGGGAUCAACCUGGGAGAUCCGGUCUUUAGAGGAGAGUACCAUGGAAAACAGGUCCAUGAGGAUGACAUGGAAGAUAUCAUCGAGCGUGCGCGUGAAGUCGGCUGUUCGAAAUUUAUGGUGACAGGAUCAGACCUGGAAGAGUCAAGACAUGCUGUUGAUAUUGCUCAGAGAUACCCCGGCUUUUGUUAUGCGACUGUCGGGGUGCACCCCUGCCAGGCAAAGCAUUUUGAAAGCUUCCCCGGUGGACCGUCAAAGCUGCUCGAGGAGCUGAAAACCUUGGCCCUGGAAUCAAAAGCAGCCGGCCACACUGUGGCCUUUGGCGAGAUCGGCCUUGACUAUGAUCGGCUGUUCUUGAGCCCCAUGGAUCAGCAGUUGAAAUACUUUGAAGCUCAGCUCGAUCUCGCCGUGGAAAUCCAACUGCCUCUCUUUCUUCACUCGCGUGCUGCCAGCGAGGAUUUCGAACGCUUGCUUGCACCAAGGCUCGCCAAACUUCCCAAGGGUGGCCUGGUCCAUAGUUUUACUGGGACACUUGACGAAAUGAAUCGGCUCGUUGCCUUGGGACUCGAUAUUGGGGUCAACGGGUGUAGUAUGAAGACGGAAGAGAAUCUGGAAGUCGUUAAAGCCAUUCCUCUUGAGCGGCUUCAAAUCGAAACCGAUGGUCCUUGGUGUGAGAUUCGGCCUUCACAUGCAUCCUCAAAGUAUCUCGAAGGCGCUCCUGCUUUGCCGAAAGCCGUCAGGAAGGAGAAGUGGCAGAAGGGAUGUAUGGUAAAGGGUCGCAAUGAACCUAUCGCAAUUGCUCACGUUGCCCAUGUCAUUGCGAAGGUCAAAGGAAUCACUGCUACCGAGGUUUGCCAAGCUGCCUGGAAAAACUCCAUUAGGAUGUUCGGUUUGGGAGAAGAAGAAGAAGAAGCGUGAUAGUCCCUCACUUACCCACCUCAAUGUGCAAAUGACUUUCUUUUUCUCUAAUUAGAUUCAGCAUUGAUGACAUCCAUGUAUUAGAAAGUUGUAUCUAGCGCUGGUGCUAUAGAGUUCCCGAUUAGCAGAUUUGAACUGAAUGAAUAAAUGCUACAUCCUUGCCUUUAAGGCCA